AAAAUCCCCCAACAAGAACAUCUCCUUCUUCUUCUUCUUCUUCUCAACCUCUGCCUUGCUUAUCCUGCAUCCAUCCUUCCGCCAUGAAUUUCAUCGCGGAGCAACUCAUGCUUUUCAUUUCCACUGCCCUCAAUUACCUUGCUACCCUUUUCUCCCCUCGCCAUUAUCAUCAUGACCUUACUUUCAUCAUCCACCAGAAGAGUACGCCACCCAACCAAGUCUACGACGCCGCCGAGCUCUACCUCCCAUCCAUUGACUUGAUCAAUCCCUCCACCCGAACCAUCCAAGUCAGCAAAACGCCGCGCCAAGAAACCGUCAAGCUUGCCAUCGACAGCGGUGAGCUGAUCGCCGACACCUUUGAGGACAUUAACCUCAAAUGGCUCUACGUGGUCCAAACAUCCCCGAGGGGCCAGGUGACACGUCGCUUCGAGCUAACCUUCCACAAGAAACACAAAGACAAAGUCCUGACCUCCUACUUGCGCCAUGUGGUUACUCGGGCUGAAGCCAUUAAAAAAGAGGAAAAGAUUCUCAAACUUCGCAGCGUUAACUCACCAUCACGAGUGGAUCUGGAGCACCCAGCCACGUUCGAGACGAUCGCCAUGGAGCCCGACCUGAAGACAAAGAUUAUCAAGGACUUGGACAGGUUUGUGAGGAGGAGGGAGUUUUAUAAGAAAGUGGGCAAGGCUUGGAAAAGAGGCUACUUGUUGUAUGGCCCUCCUGGCACUGGCAAAUCCAGCUUGAUUGCAGCCAUGGCUAAUCAUCUCAAGUUUGACGUGUAUGAAUUGGGGCUUGAUGGUAUUUACAGUGACUCUCAAUUGAAGAGCGUGUUGCUGUCCACUGCAAAUCGUUCUAUUUUGGUCAUUGAGGAUAUUGAUUUCAGCGCCAGUAAUGCGCGAAAUCGGAAGUGCGGGAUCACGCUCUCAGGCCUGCUAAACUUCAUGGAUGGUCUGUGGUCGAGCUGCGGUGACGAGAGAAUUAUUGUGUUCACAACAAACCACAAGGAUCGGCUUGAGCCUGCAUUGCUGCGUCCUGGUCGAAUGGACGUCCACAUUCACAUGUCCUAUUGCACUCCGCAUGCGUUUAAGGUUUUGGCCUCCAACUACCUUGGUGUUCAGGACUUGGACCGUCAUCCUCUUUACGGAGAAAUCGCGGGGUUGCUAGAGAGCACAGAGGUCGCCCCUGCUGAGGUUUGUGAGGAGCUAUUGAAGAGAGAUGAUGAUGUUGACGAUGAUGAUGUUGAUGCUGCUCUCCAAGGAGUUGUCAAAUUUCUCAAACUCAAGAAGCUUGAAGGGGAUAAUAAUAAUAAAAAUAUUGAUAAACCAGAAUUUCAAGAAGGACAAAGGCAGGAUAUGGACGUCAAUGUUAAUGAUGACGACAGUGAGAGCUCAAUGUACAUACCAAAGUGGAGAAAUUAUGUGGAAGAAGUCGUCUUCGUCGCUAUUGCUAUGCAAAUGAGCAUCCUCCUUCUUCUCAACCUCUGCCUCCCUUGCCCUGCAUCCAUCCAUGAUCCAUCCGCCAUGAAUUAUCAUCAUGGCCUUACUUUGAUCAUCCGCAAGGAGGGCUCGCCAUCCAACCAAGUCUACGACCCCGCCCACCUGUACCUCCCAACCAUUCAGUUGAUCAAUCCCUCCACUCGGACCAUCCGAGUCACCAAAACACCUCGCAGAGAAACAAUAAAGCUCGCCAUUGAAAGCGGUGAGCAAGUCCCCGACACCUUUGACGGCAUUGACCUGAACUGGCUUUACGUGGUCGAAAAACAUCCGAACGGCUGUGUUGAACGUCGCUUUGAGCUGACGUUUCAAAGGGAACACAAAGACAAAGUCAUGACCUUCUACUUGGGCUAUGUUGUUCGUCUCGCCGAAGCCAUUAAACAAGAGAGCAAGAUUCUCAACCUCCGCAACGUUAACUCGUACAAUGAAGUCGAAUUCGAGCACCCGUCUACUGACUCUGAGUUGAAGAGGGCGUUGCUGUCCACUACAAAUCGUUCCAUUUUGGUGAUUGAGGAUAUUGAUUGCUCCGUCAAUAAUGAUAAGGAAAACCGCAGUACCUACUCUUUGUUUUUCACACUGUCAGGCCUACUAAACUUCAUGGAUGGUUUGUGGUCAAGUUGCGGAGAUGAGAGAAUUAUUGUGUUCACAACAAACCACAAGGAUCGGCUUGAUCCUGAAUGGUUGCGUCCUGGCAGAAUGGAUGUCCACAUUUACAUGGGCUUGCUAGAGAGCACAAAGGUUACUCCUGCUGAGAUUUGUGAGGAUCUACUGAAGACAAAUGAUGAGGAUGAUGAUGAAGAUGCUGAUGCUGCUCUCGAAAGACUUGUCGACUUUUUCAAACUUAAGAAGCUUGAAGGUGAUAAACCCGAAAUUGAAGAGGGAAAAAAGCAGAAAAUGGAUGUCGAUGUUAAUAAUAAACGACCCCGCAACACCAUCCACACCUUGUUCUCAAGCUGUGCCUCUCUCUCUCUCUCUCUCCCUUGCUGCAUCGAUCCAUCAGCCAUGAAUUUUAUCUUGGAGCAGCUCCUGCUUUUCAUUUCCACUGCCCUCAAUUACCUUGCUACCCUUAUCUCCCCUCGUCAUGAUCUUCAUGAUCGUCAUGAGGACCUUACUUUCAUCAUCCGCCAGGACAACAGGCCACCCAACCAAGUCUACGACGCCGCCGAGCGCUACCUCCCAACCAUUGACUUGAUCAAUCCCUCCACCCGAACCAUCCAAGUGAGCAAAACGCCGCGGCAAGAGACCGUCAAGCUUGCCAUGGAAAGCGGUGAGCAAGUCCCCGACACCUUUGAGGACAUUAACCUCAACUGGCGUUACGUGGUCGAAACAUUCCGUGACGGCAGUGUAGAAUAUCGCUUUGAGCUAACGUUCCAAAAGAAACACAAAGAAAAAGUCAUGAGCUCCUACUUACCCUAUGUGGUUGGUCGGGCCGAAGCCAUUAAAAAAGAGGAAAAGAUUCUCAAACUUUCUAACCUUACCAACUCAUCAGUGGAUUUGGAGCACCCAGCUACGUUCGAGACGAUCGCCAUGGAGCCCGACCUGAAGAGAAAGAUUAUGAAGGACUUGGACAGGUUUGUGGCCAGGAGGGAGUUUUAUAAGAAGGUGGGCAAGGCUUGGAAAAGAGGCUACUUGUUGUAUGGCCCUCCUGGUACUGGAAAAUCCAGCCUGAUUGCGGCCAUGGCUAAUCAUCUCAAGUUUGAUGUGUUUGAUUUGGAGCUUGCUAGUAUUCGCAGCGACUCUCAUUUGAAGAGUGUGGUUCUGUCCACUACAAAUCGUUCCAUUUUGGUGAUUGAGGAUAUUGAUUUCACCGUCCAUAAUAAGGAUAACCGGUUCACACUCUCAGGCCUACUAAACUUCAUGGAUGGUCUUUGGUCAAGUUGUGGUGAUGAGAGAGUUAUUGUGUUCACAACAAACCACAAGGAUCGUCUCGACCCUGUAUUGCUGCGUCCUGGUCGAAUGGACGUCCACAUUCACAUGUCUUAUUGCACACCGAGUGCGUUUAGCAUUUUGGCCUCCAACUACCUUGGAAUUCAAGACUUCGACAGCCAUCGGCUUAAGGGAGAAAUCGUAGGGUUGCUAGAGAGCACAAAGGUCACCCCUGCUGACAUUUGUGAAGAUUUCUUGAGGCAAAAUGACGAUGAUGUUGAUGGUGAUGAUGAUGAUGUUGAUGUUGAUGCUGCUCUUGAAAGAGUUGUCAAGUUUCUCAAACUUAGGAAGCUUGAAGGGGCUAAUAAUGUUGAUGAGACAGAAACUCAAGAAGAAGAAAAAGCAGGAAAUGGAUCUGAAAGUGAAUGAUGAAGGUGAUAACUCAUCCAUCUAAUAUGAGCUAUCGCGAGCCCCUUUGAGAUGGUUUUGAGUUCAAGUACUUUUGUUGGAAAAAUAAAUAUGGAUGUUAGAUUCCUAGGUUUUGUUUGGUGUCAUGUCCUUUUUCUGUUGGGUCCAUGUUUGGUGUUGUCCUAUUAUCCGAUCUGAUUAGGGUUUAGGGUUUAGGAUAAACUUAGUAAUUUUUCAUGUUUCAGAGUGCACGUGUCUUUUGAAAUUACAAAAAUUAACUGCUUUUUUCUGUGACCGAAUUUUCUUUCACUGGGAGUUUUCAAGGCAAGGUUUUAAUAAGGCUUAGCCUGUAUCGGUUUGCAAGGAAUUCUUGUAUUUGAAUGACUAUUAAAUGAAGUUUUUCUUUCCAAGGCCGGAAGGAGGCAAUUGUAACUCCCUAACAAGUGGAAAAAAGUUAACGGAGAAAACUGUUUGCAAUU